AUGGGGGCCUCGGAGUCAAAGCUUGUCUUCAAGCAGGGCAUCUUCCGCCUCUCCGAGGAACAGGAGAUCCCCGCCGACAACGCCUACUGGGCCAGGUUCUGGGAACUUCCUGAAUCAUCCGAAGACGUCUUCAGUCUAUUCACCUCGGCCGACAUCCGGCGCACGCGCGAUCAUGCCUUAUUGAACUUCGAAACCCUCCUCCUUUCAGUCAUCUCUCGCCUUAUCGUUCUGAAAAACCAUCCGUCGUUUCCGGACCCGGAUCUUGCGCCCGACCGUGAUGCGCUCAACUGCAUUCGUGUCCUCACCCGUCUCCUCCCCUUUGUCUACGAAGCUGAGCACCUGGAGGAUUGGGAGCAGAAGUUCUUCUGGGCGCGCCGGAAGAAGAAGACCAGACAGGCCCAGAUUUCCGGAGAAGUUCUCUUUGACGAAGCGCAGGUGGAGGACCAACACGAGCGGACUUCGCCCCGCGCGGAGGACUAUGAAGAUGCGAAACCUCUGGCCGAGGAGUUGAUCGACACCUUGUUCGAUCUGCUCUUCUUCGCCGAUUUGACUAUCCCCAAACUUCCGACUGCCAAGAGCAAAAUAUCAUAUUCCAUUUGGCAAAGCGGCGUCGGCUGCAACACUGCAAUGGGAUCCAACAAAACUUUGGAGAACAACCGGUGUGAGAUUCUGCGACUGCUGCUUACGAUGACCGGAAAGGCCAUGUACAUGCCCUCCAAUACACUGCCCGUGCAAGGCGUUCAGGCCAUUACCUACAUCACGACUUGUCAGGACAAGCAGGCUGUAUUGAGCCUUCUCUGCUCUCUUCUUAACACGGCCAUGAAGUAUAACCCGGCGGCGUGGAGGGUGCCAUAUGAUCAUGUUGUCUGGAAAGACCCGAAACAGAUCCUCGUGAUCUAUUGCCUACAAUUACUUCUUGUUCUUCUCCUGUAUCCGAUUCCCGAAGACGGCCGGGGCAGUCCGCCCAAAAACUUCUAUCGUCAUUACUUUGGGCGAUUGCAUAGACCCCAGGACUUCCAGUUCCUUGUGGAUGGCAUGACCAGGAUAUUGAACCAGCCUAUGCAAGCCACGAGUUCCUAUCUACCUGGGAGCCAACGAUCGGUGAAAUGGGCGCCCGAGAUGCUUGUUCUCUUCUGGGAGACCCUGCAAUGCAACAAACGGUUCAAGGCAUUCAUCAUUGAUUCGAAUCGCUCACAUGAUUUCCUCAUCCUUUGUACCUUCUAUGCAAUGGAGUACAGACUGGAUGUGUCGAAGCAAGGCGUGGUCCGAAUGUGCAUCUUUAUACUUCAGACGAUGAGCGCGGAGCCCACAUUUGGCACGAGCUUGAACCUCAAGUUUGAAGCCCAGGAAACUUUGCCCCAGUCAAUACGGCUCCCUCGAUUCCGAGGCUCUUAUGCCGACUUUUUGAUCAUAUCGAUCCAUACACUUAUGACCACGAGCAAAGGGAAGCUGGACACAGUCUAUCCCGCGCUUUUGAUUAUCCUCAACAACAUCGCCCCUCGCAUUGAACACAUCUCGCCAAGUGCCAGCUCCAAGGUCAUCCAACUCUUCUCGUUAAUGUCUGCGCCCAGUUUCUUGUUGGCGAAUGAAACCAACCAUACCCUUCUCGCAUCGCUACUCGACUUCAUCAAUGCUGUCGUCGAGCACAAGUUCACUGAAAAUCCGUACCUCGUUUACGCUAUACUCAAGUAUAAACAGCGGUUUGAAGCUGUGCGAGCUUUCACUCUUGAGAGUGGUCAGCAAGAGAUUGAGCGUCAGAAUGAAAAAAGAAAAGCCAGCGAAACAGACACCAGCCCAACGCUCUCGCACUCCGAGGAGGAUUCCCACACUCCUCCUGGGGCCAGGUCUCCUUUGACUCGGAUUCCUGAAGAGAACAGCCCUUUCGCAAUUGGUGACGAAUCCGAUGAUGAAAGAGAAGGGCAGCACACUCCAUCUCAAUCGCCUUUCGUUCAGACCUCGCGCCGGCCCUCGGUGUCGUCCGUCGUAGACGAGAAUAAUCCACAGCAGCCGCGCGGAAUGACUGAAAAAGCGCGAGGCAAGAUGCCCGCAGGACGGCCAUCAUUUUCCCGACAAAAUAGUAUGACCAGCCAGACCAGCUUGUCUGCUUUGAUCACGGCUCCCUCAGGUGGUUUCACGCCGACUGUCUCUUGGCUCGAAUCCUGGUUGCCCGAGCUGCCACUGCACACCAUCCUCACUAUCAUAUCUGCCAUCGAACCCCACAUUCCCGAAUCUGCCCUCCAAGCUAGUUCCAGCCCUGAUGCUCGGACCCUGGUCACCAAUCUCCCAUCCUUUGCCGAGGAGCCCCAGGUCAAAAGUAUCAUCUCGGAUCCCACUCCGGUGCGAGUGCAGUCAUUUGAGUGGUCUGCGCUUUCCAUGGGCUGGUACGAAUCGCUGCUUUGGGGAUUCAUUUUCUCCAGCGAGAUGGUCGUCGGCACCGCCGCGGGAGCGACCCCUGGUACCGUGGGCGUCUGGAAUGGCACCGCAAUCCGGCUGUUCAAGGUCCAGGAGGCAGCCGCGCAGGGUCCCACGCUGCUUGCCCCCAAGGGCGCGGUUGACGCUGUUGGUACCAAUCUUGUGCAGCGUAUCGGAAACCUCGGUCUUCGAGGCCGCAAUUCAAUAUCCCAAGAGCCUCCGAAUGGUGCUCCCCCGAGCGUGCGGGAGGUUUAG